AUGAGGGGAAGAUCAGAGGGAGGGAAGAAGAAGCCAGUGAUUGUUCUGGUCUGUGUUGUUUUUGUAUACCUUUUAGUUGGCUCCUCUAAUCAUGCUAUUGAGUACGGGAGGAAACUUGGUUUUGGUACUACUAGUGAUAAUAAUAAUAAUGAUGACAACACCAAGAAAGACGACACUUCUUCUACCUCCUCCUUUUAUGUCGAUGAUGAUGCCAACGGUUUCACUCCAAGAAGCUUCCCUGUGUGUGAUGAUCGGCACUCGGAGCUUAUCCCUUGCUUAGACAGGAAUCUCAUUUACCAAAUGAGACUAAAGCUUGAUUUGGCUUUGAUGGAGCAUCAUGAACGCCACUGUCCUCCUAACUGCUUGAUUCCUCCUCCUCCAGGUUAUAAGGUUCCGAUCAAGUGGCCGAAAAGCAGAGACGAAGUUUGGAAAGUGAACAUUCCUCAUAUUCACCUUGCCCAUGAGAAACCUGAUCAAAACUGGAUGGUUGUCAAAGGAGACAAAAUCAAUUUCCCUUGUGGAGGCACACAUUUUCAUUAUGGUGCUGAUAAGUAUAUUGCAUCCAUGGCUAAUAUGCUUAACUUUCCGAACAACGUUUUGAACAAUGGGGGAAGACUGAGGACGUUUCUAGAUGUAGGGUGUGGUGUUGCAAGUUUUGGUGGUUAUCUUCUUGCAUCAGAUAUUAUUACCAUGUCCUUGGCACCAAAUGAUGAGCAUCAGAACCAAAUCCAGUUUGCUCUUGAGAGAGGGAUUCCUGCCUACCUCGGCGUUCUAGGGACAAAGAGGCUCCCAUACCCAAGCAGAUCCUUUGAACUUGCACAUUGUUCACGUUGCAGAAUCGAUUGGCUUCAAAGAGAUGGUAUCCUUCUUCUUGAGCUAGACAGGGUGCUGAGACCUGGUGGCUAUUUUGCGUAUUCAUCUCCAGAGGCAUAUGCACAAGAUGAGGAGGAUCUCAGAAUAUGGAGAGAGAUGAGUGCUCUUGUGGAGCGUAUGUGUUGGACGAUGGCUGCUAAAAGGAAUCAAACUGUGAUUUGGCAAAAACCUAUGACAAACGAUUGUUAUAUGGAAAGAGAACCUGGAACUCAGCCUCCUCUUUGCAACUCUGACAGUGACCCUGAUGCUGAGUAUGGUGUAAACAUGGAAGCUUGCAUUACUCAAUACAGUGACCAUGAUCACAAAGCCAAGGGAAGUGGAUUGUCUCCAUGGCCAGCUAGAUUAACCUCUCCUCCUCCCCGUCUAGUUGAUUUUGGAUAUUCCACUGACAUGUUUGAGAAGGAUACGGAAACUUGGAAGCAUAGGGUAGAUGCUUACUGGGAUCUCUUGACUCCUGCAAUUCAAUCAGACAGUGUGAGGAACAUAAUGGACAUGAAAGCAAACAUGGGUUCCUUUGCUGCUGCUCUGAAUGAUAAAGAUGUUUGGGUUAUGAAUGUUGUUCCUGAAGACGGGCCUAACACGCUUAAACUGAUAUACGACAGAGGCCUGAUGGGUGCUGUUCAUAGCUGGUGUGAAGCGUUCUCAACGUACCCUAGGACAUAUGAUUUGCUCCAUGCUUGGGACAUCAUUUCCGAUAUCAAGAAGAGAGGUUGCAGUGCAGAGGAUUUUCUGUUGGAGAUGGAUCGUAUACUUCGCCCAAGUGGGUUCAUACUCAUAAGGGACAAACAAUCUGUAGUUGAUCUUAUGAAGAAGUAUCUCAAGGCUUUGCAUUGGGAGGCAGUUGAUACCAAGAUUCAGACCAAGACUCGGACAAUGUCAUACUCAUUGUCCAGAAGAAGCUCUGGUUGA